AUGGAGAACAUGAUGCAGGGCAAUAAGAUCAGACGAGUUGCAGCUACUCGCAUGAAUGAGAGGUCAUCUCGAUCACACACGAUUUUCCGGAUUAUUCUGGAGUCGAAAGAUGCCAAUCAGAAAGAUGGACCUGUACAUAUAAGCUACCUUAACUUAAUGGACUUAGCUGGUUCUGAGAGAGUUUCUCUGACGAAAGCUGCUGGUGAGCGUCUUAAAGAGGGGGCUAACAUAAACAAAUCUUUGUCAGUAUUAGGAAAUGUGAUAAGGCAACUAAGCGAGGGGAAGGAGUUUAUCAGUUAUCGCGAUUCGAAAUUGACUAGACUGCUCUCACAGGCUCUUGGCGGUAAUGCCAAAUCAUUGAUUAUCGGGAAUGAAUGUACAAAUUCAGAUGUAUAUGGAUCUGUAGUAAAACCUUUAGUCGAUUCCUUCAUGGAAGGUUUCAAUGCCACAAUAUUUGCAUAUGGCCAAACAUCUUCUGGCAAAACACACACCAUUUUGGGCAAUAAAACAGAUCCUGGGCUUUUCCAAUUAGUAUCCAAUCAGUUAUUCCAGCAUGUGGCAGACCAGGUUGAUAAGAGGUACUUGAUUAGAUGCAGUUAUAUUGAAAUCUACAAUGAAAAGAUCAAUGACCUCCUGGAUAAGAGCAAUCAGGGUUUAACUAUAAGAGAAGAUAUCAAAGGAAAUGUGCUGCUUGAUGCAAGGGAAGCUGUCGUAGACAAUGUUGAUAAAGUUAUGGAGAACAUGAUGCAGGGCAAUAAGAUCAGACGAGUUGCAGCUACUCGCAUGAAUGAGAGGUCAUCUCGAUCACACACGAUUUUCCGGAUUAUUCUGGAGUCGAAAGAUGCCAAUCAGAAAGAUGGACCUGUACAUAUAAGCUACCUUAACUUAAUGGACUUAGCUGGUUCUGAGAGAGUUUCUCUGACGAAAGCUGCUGGUGAGCGUCUUAAAGAGGGGGCUAACAUAAACAAAUCUUUGUCAGUAUUAGGAAAUGUGAUAAGGCAACUAAGCGAGGGGAAGGAGUUUAUCAGUUAUCGCGAUUCGAAAUUGACUAGACUGCUCUCACAGGCUCUUGGCGGUAAUGCCAAAUCAUUGAUUAUCGGGAAUGUUACUUUAGCUGCAGAGGAGGAGACUAGAUCUACACCAGAAUUCGCCCAAAGCACUAAAACUGUCAAAAAUAAAACGAAAGUAAACAUCUUGUCAGCUACAGAAGAGACACUUCAAGGAUAUCAGAACUUGACUCGCGAUCUCGAAACUCGGCUCAAAAAGCAGGCAAUUAAGCUAAAAGAGAUGGAUAAAAGCAAACAAGAGUAUCUGCUCGAGAUAGAAAGACUAAAAACGGAAGUAUCUAUUGUCGGGCGCUUUCAAAUGGGAGCCUCGGCAUCAACACCGAAAAAAACAUUAAGACGUCAUACUUUUGGACACUAUGGCAACGUAUCACCUAAAAAAGCAUCCCUAGGGUAUAUGCCAUUGAAAAAUUAUCCACCCAAAGAAGAAUCAUCCGGACGUGAAAUGAGGCCUAUUCAAGAAGAGACAUAUGAGGAGGCACUAGCCGAAGCAGAAUCUGUGAUAGCUGAAGACGUGCAAGUGUACUUAAAAGACAACUCAAAGAACUGGAAGAAUCUUUCAAUGAGCUUAGAGAAUUCACUAAACUAG